GUCUUCCAGAGAAGGAGGAGACCAAGAGACCCAGCUCUGGGCUGCUGCCAGGGACACCCUUAGCCUCCACAGCAGCAGGGACACCUCCAGGGUCUGCCCUUGAGCCUGUACGGGGAAGACACAGCUCAGGAAAGCAGAGAGAUUCCUGGGAAGGAGACAGUGGGUGACACAGCCCCAGCCCAGCCCCAUGGAGAACCCUUCAGAGCCUCAGUGCAGGGCGCUCAGCCCCUGGAGGGGGCUCCUGAUCACAGCCUCCAUCCUCAGCUGCUGGAUCCAGCCAAUGUCUGCUCAGGCCACUGUUGUUCCAAACCCUCCCUAUGGGGAAGUGAACCACAAUGUCACCUUGGAACUCCAGGGCUACACAGGCCGGGCUCUCACUUAUACUUGGUACAGAAAAACAGUAGCAAGACCCAAUAAGAUUGCUUUCUACUUCGUCCGAACUGGAGAGCAGGAGCCUGCACACAUCCAGGAGAAGGUAUAUCCCAAUGGCUCCCUGCUCAUUCCUGACCUCACCCUCAGCGACUCUGAUGACUACUAUGUAACCAUUUUUAAUUCUGAAAGAGGCAUAAUAGUUGCACAAGGACAUUUAACAGUGUAUGGGCCACUCUCCAAACCUCUCAUCAGCAGCACCAACAUGGCCCCAGUGGAGAACAAGGACAAUGUCUCCCUGAUGUGCCAGUCUGAAGGUCAAGAUGUCACAUACCAAUGGUUCAUAAACCAAAGCUCCCCAGCUGGUGACAGGACAGUGCUGUCCCCGGAUAACAGGACACUCACCAUAAUCAAUGUCACAAGAGAAGACCAAGGACCCUAUAAGUGUGAAAUCCGGAACCCAGUUAGUUUCAAUGAGAGUGAAUUCACACUGAAUAUUAUCUAUGGCCCGGAUACCCCCAGGAUUUUCCCCACAACCCUGAAUUAUCCUGUAGGGGCAACUAUUGAGUUGAAUUGCUCUGCUGAGUCUAACCCACCUGCCCAAUUCACUUGGCUUAACAAUGGAAUUCAGAUGGCAUCCUCAUCCAAGCUCUCUAUCGCUAAUGUGUCUCUGAAUCACACUGGCAUCUAUACCUGUAAGGCAUCUAACUCUGUCACUGGCUUGUCUAGCAGCAAAGACAUCAAUAUCACAGUCUCUGAAAGAACAACCAAACCUAACCUCACGGCCAACAGAACCAAUGUCAUAGAGAAUGAAACUUUGGCCUUCACAUGUGGCACAGAACAGACGGGAGUGAACAUUCUGUGGUUCUUCAGGAACAAGUCCCUGAUUCUCAAUAAGAGGAUGAACAUGUCCACGAAUAAUCAGACCCUCACCAUCCUGUCUGUGAAGAGAGAGGACGCUGGGUCUUAUCAUUGUGAAAUCCGGAAUCCAAUCAGUUUCAGCACAAGUGACCCCAUUAUCCUGACUGUGAACUAUGGACCAGACAACAUCAUGUUUGUCCCCGAGAAAGAAGAGAUUGAGGUCACAUUCAACAAAACACUGAUGUUAGAGUGCCGUGUUGAGUCUUACCCACCUGCCCAGUAUAUAUGGCAAGUCAAUGGCACCGUGAACCCUGACUUCUCUAAUAGUACCUAUGUCAUCAAAAAUGCAACUUGGGAAGAUUCAGGACCGUAUACAUGUCAGGCAAAGAACAAUGUGACCACCUUGUCGGUCUCUAAGAGCAUCAUAGUUAAGGUGGUUGAACAGUCUAUGGUAGGAAGUAAUGGCUCCUCACUCUCUGGAGGUGCUAUCACUGGCAUUGUGAUUGGAGUAUUGGCUGGAAUAAUUCUCAUUGGGACCCUCAUCUAUAUCCAGUUCUUCAGAAAGACUGAAAGGACCAGCAAACACCAGCUUUCAGAGAAGAACCAUUCAGCACACAAACAUGGUGAAGAUAACACCCUGUAUGAAAACACUGUUCACCUACCAGGCUCAGCUCUGUCUGCACAGGGCUGGGCUCCUUCCCCGUCUCUUCCUAAAGUCCCACAUCUCUAUGAGCAGGUAUUGGACAUCUCCAGAGAGGACAUUUAUGACAAGACUCUUCCCUGGAAGAAACCUGAAGCAUAAGGAAGAGGGAAAAAUCCCUAGGGAUAUUGUGACAACCCUUCUGUCACCCUUCAUUAAAUAGAGUUCAGAGACAUCUCUCAGGGAAAAAAGCAGGGACACCGAAGUCAAUGGAGAAAACCAAGUGCGAGAGAGGGAAAGAGGUUGGACUUGGGGAAAAGAGAGACUUCCAGGAACCCAAGGCCCUCAGAUGUCCCAGAAAGGAUCAAGAGGAAUGAAAGGAGUCGGAGCUAUUUGCCUGCACUAUCAAAAGGCAAGGGAGUCUGUGGAAGGAGUUUAAAGACACGCUCUAUUGCUCCCCAAGUGGUUCAGUAUUUUGAACAUCAUCACAUUUUCCUGUAUUCUUUAGCCCCUUUAUUCACAUUAAAAAUCCUUUUGGAACCUUC